AUGAGUGUCGUCCUCAACCAAGGUGCUGAAAAACACCCCAUUACGUUCUGCUACCAGGUGAAUGGGUCUUGUCCCAGGACGGUCCAUCCCCUGGGCAUCCAGGGGGCCAUCUACCUGGCCUGUGCAGCAGGCGUGCUGAUUACGGUCCUAGGAAAUUUGUUUGUGGUGUUCGCUGUGUCCUACUUCAAAGCGCUUCACACUCCCACCAACUUCCUGCUGCUUUCCCUGGCCCUGGCUGACAUGUUUCUGCGUCUGCUGGUGCUGCCCCUCAGCACCGUCCGCUCAGUAGAGAGCUGCUGGUUCUUCGGAGGCUUCUUCUGCCGCCUGCACACCUACCUGGACACCCUCUUCUGCCUCACCUCCAUCUUCCAUCUCUGUUUCAUUUCCAUUGACCGCCACUGUGCCAUCUGUGAGCCCCUGCUCUAUCCCUCCAAGGUCACAGUCAGGGUGGCCCUCAGGUACAUCCUGGCAGGGUGGGGGGUGCCAGCAGCAUACACUGCCUUCUUACUCUAUGCAGACGUGGUGGAGAGAGGGCUCAGCCAAUGGCUGGAAGAGAUGCCUUGUGUGGGCAGUUGUCAGCUGCUGUUCAAUAAGUUUUGGGGCUGGUUAAACUUUCCUGUGUUCUUCUUCCCCUGCCUCAUCAUGAUCAGCUUGUAUGUGAAGAUCUUCGUGGUUGCUAGCAGGCAGGCUCAGCAGAUCAACAGCUUAAGCAAAAGCCUGGCUGGGGCUGCCAAGCAUGAAAGAAAAGCUGCCAAGACCCUGGGCAUCGCCGUGGGCGUGUACCUCUUGUGCUGGCUUCCUUUCACCAUCGACACGAUGGUCGACAGCCUCCUUAACUUCAUCACGCCACCGCUGGUCUUCGACGUCUUCAUCUGGCUUGCUUACUUCAACUCAGCCUGCAACCCGAUCAUCUACGUCUUUUCCUACCGGUGGUUCAGGAAGGCACUGAAGCUUAUCCUGAGUCAGGAGAUCUUCUCACUGCGGACACCCACUGUCGAUUUGUACCAAGAGUGA